GUCCAAUAAAUUUCCGCUUUUUAACUUCAAUCUUAACCAUUCAAUAGAUCCAUCAAACGACCGCUGAGAAUCUCAUUGCCCCAUACCAUCAAGUUCCUCGUGUUCCUUGACACAUGAUUAUUGCCCACUUUCAGACUUUGAUCGCUUUUACGUCAAAAGACACACACAUACACACAGAAGGUGGGGGACUGGUGAAUUCAUCGUGGGUGUGUGAAAUUUCACACAUUUCACAACGCCAUUCUCAUCAGUUGAAACACAAAAUCCCACAUAAGAGAAUCUGAGAGGUGGGUUUUGUUUAAAGAAAAAUGAUGUGGGAAGGAGGAUCGUCAUCUGCGGUUACGGAGGAAGGUAGCAGCGGCGGCGGCGGGGGUGGAGGAGGGAGGAGGAAGCCGUCAUGGAGAGAGAAAGAGAAUAACCGGAGGAGAGAGAGACGGCGGAGGGCAAUUGCGGCAAACAUAUACAAUGGGUUGAGGGCACAAGGAAAUUAUAGUUUGCCUAAACAUUGUGAUAACAACGAGGUCUUAAAAGCUCUUUGUAAAGAAGCUGGUUGGGUUGUUCUUCCUGAUGGCACCACUUUUCGUAAGGGAUGCAAGCCGCCACCCUCCGCCUUCGAACACGGUGGCUCAUCAACAAACACGACUCCGUGUUCUUCUCGGAAACCAAGUCCACCGUCAUCGUCGUUCCCUUCAUACCAAUGCAGCCUCUCAUCUUCUUCCUUCCCCAGCCCAUCGCAUCUCGAUUCUACAGAUCCGCCAUUAAAUAAACCUUUUGCUUUUCUAAGCAACUCAAUUCCGUCAUCACUCCCACCUCUCCGGAUCUCAAACAGCGCUCCGGUGACCCCACCACUCUCAUCCCCAAAAGUUCCGAAGAAAAACAAUCUCAAUUGGGAAGCUUUUGAUCUACCAUGUUUCGCUUCUUCAGUACCCACAAGUCCAACCAGCCACCGGCGGUUCAGGCCCGCCACCAUACCGGAGUGUGAGGAGCCUGAUUGGUCCACCGGCGGUUCGUUUCAGAGGUUGAGGUUCCAGGAUUGUAUUCCGAUGAUGGUGAACCCAAACUCUCCAACGUCCAAUCUUGUGAAAUCAAUGGCUCAAGUGGCUGCUAUGAAUGAUGCGAUCGCUGAAAAGGGUAAAGGGGUGAAGGCAUGGAAAGGCGAGAGGUUUCAUGAAGUCGGUUUUGAUGAUCUUGAGCUCACCCUUGGAAGUGGGAAUGCUCAAAUAUAGUGGAAUGUUCAUUUCUUCAGGAUUUAGAAGUUGGUAUAUUAUCGAUUCUUUUCCAAGUCCAUUUAAAUGAAUGGAAAUAUUAUGAUUCGAUCUUGGUUUUUUAUAUUUGUUUUCAUCAUAUUAGUAAAUAGAAACCCAUGUUUAUGAUUCAGUCAGGUAGUUACACCAGGAGUGAUAUGGAUUGUGUUACUUCGAGAA